AUGUUCAACAAUCUUUUCCAUGACAUAGAAAUAGCCCAAUAUAAAGAAUUUACAAUCAUUGAAAAAGAUUUAUUUUUUGGGCGAUUAUUUUAUUUUCCUAACAUUAAAAAAGUUCACUAUUCAUAUUGUCAGACAACUGAAUUGCACCUGUCACGUUAUUCUGUAUACAAGGUGAUUGUCAGAACUCUUGGUUCACGAAUGAAAACACCUAUAGUUCAGCAGCCUACAGGUCUGGCAUCCACUGUGUUCUAUGGCCCUCAACCUGUCUCUUCAUCAUGUGAUAUUUGCAUGAAUAAGAUUACUACAAUAGUUCACUACCGUAAAGGAGCAUGUACUUGGAUGGCUUGUACUGGAAUAGCAUUACUUGGCGGUAUAUUCGGAUGCUGUUUAAUACCAUUUUAUGUAAAUUCAUGCAAAGAUGCUUAUCACAGCUGUCCAGAAUGUGGAACAUUACUUGGAGUUUAUAAACGUAUCUAA